CGGCCGCGUCAGUCCGUCGCGGCGAGUCGCGAACAGAGGAUCGCGGCACGACAACGCGCGAAAGUUAACCGCUAAAAUCGUGUCUCCUUAAUGUUUUCAAUCGGAUCUAUCGUUUGUCGGUUGUGCGGACGUUUCAGUUAGAUCUCCGGUGCCCGUGUCUCGAUGGAAGUUCUUUGAGAAGACGGCCGUGAAGAAGAGAAGCGUACAAUAUCAACAAGAAAAAGAUUCCGCAACAUGUCGUGCUUCAACUGCAAACCGAACGUCGGAGGCAGGUUCGUGACGAAGGUGCUCACCUUCGGGAUACUCUGGAUCCUCGUCGUCUACACGUUCUACCAGUUCCGGUCGAUCAGCCUGGACGUUCCCGUGCCCCACCUGAACAGUAGGUUGUUGCUGCAGAAGCGACUCGACCCGUUGACGAGGCACGCCGACUCCACCACCGAGAGCAUUUUAGACUUGGAGCCGUUCGUGGACAAGAGUCCGUCAAUGUCCGAAGACAAAAUCGUGGAGGACAUCCAGAAUCGAGUGCCCAACCUGCCCAUCGCCUACUGGAACAAGAACAAGAACAAACCGAUGGGUUUCAACAACACUUGCGCCCGCUUCCCCAGUUUGUUCGAGUUGGAAUUCAACAAUCUCUACUGGCAAACCUUGAGAACGACCAACGGAACGUUCCAGUUGUACGGCGCCUAUUUGGACAAACGAGCCAACAACCGACUGGGACCGACCGUCCGCAUCUUGGGCAUGAUCGACAAAAUCGAACCUACCGUAAUAACCUACUGCCAGCUGUGGUUCGAGGGGAAAAAGGAACCGGUCAUCACCAAGAGUUUCGAAUACAAAUACAUCUGGUACAAGAAAUGGGGCAACUACAAGAACGGCAUUUAUCAGCCGUACCUCAUCGCCUGCGUGCUCCCGCAAAAGUACAGGGACAAAGUGCCCGAGAGCAUUUCGCUGGUCGAGAAACAAUGUGACAACGCGACCAACAACUUGCGCGUCAUUUACGAGAAGCCGGAAGUGAAAAAGGACUUUGCCGUCUGCGUGAAAGGCCUCGACUUUUUGCACGAGGAUCUGAGCGUGCGACUGGUCGAGUGGAUCGAGCUGCUGAACCUGUUGGGCGCGGACAAGAUAUUCUUCUACGAACUGCAGGUGCAUCCGAACAUUUCCAAGGUGCUCAAGUAUUAUCAGAACGAGGGCAAGAUCCACGUGACGCCCAUCAAUCUGGCCGGCGGACAGCCCAACAUCCCCAGUUUCCAACAUCUGUAUCUCACCAAGAAAACCAACCACAAAAGGCAAAACGAACUGAUCCCCUACAACGACUGUUUGUACAAGCACAUGUACAAGUACAAGUACAUCGCACUGCUGGACAUAGACGAAGUCAUAAUGCCCAUCGAGGGCACGACGUGGAAGGAACUGAUGGACAAAAUCUUGCCCAAGGCCUUGAAAAUCAACAAAGAGGAACGAGCCAGUUACAACGUCCGCAACGUCUACUUCUUGGACGACCUGCUGCACAAUCACGGAUGGUUCAAGGAGAUCCCCAGAUACAUGCACAUGUUGCAGCACGUUUACAGAGCGAAAAACUUCACGAAACCCGGUCAGUACGUCAAGUGUUUCCACAACACCGAAAAAGUACUCACCCUACACAACCACUUCCCGCUCUCCUGUUUGGGCUCCGGCUGCACGUCGUAUCCGAUCGACACGACGGACGCGCAGCUGCACCACUACAGAGCAGAUUGCGUAAAAACUUUGAAGAAGAGUUGCGAAGAAUUCAGAAAGACGAGCGUAAUGGACACGACGAUAUGGAAAUUCAAAGAACCGUUGGUGGCACGCGUCACCAACACCCUGAAAAAUUUAGGCUUUUUCUCAUCGGCAGAUAUAAAAGAAGGUGGCGGCGGCGGCGGCGGCAGCGGCGGCAAACGGUGAAAACUAACCACCGACACCGUCGUCGAUUUUCGUUUAGUUCCUUUUUUUCAUUUUUUUUUUUUUUUUUAUUAUUAUUAUUAUUUUCUCGCCCCCGAAAUUUAUAUUUCUGAGGCGCAACUUGCGCCACGACUGAGUAGGCGUUUUGUUUUAAUGUGAUAAAUAAUGUUCACACGUCGCGUGUGAUAAAAUCGAUGGAUGCGACGCGACUGAUUGAUUAUAUAAUAUUUUUAUUUUGUUCGAUUUGCUCAAUUUUCAGUCAACAAAACAACAGCAACAACAACAACAACAACAACAACAACUAAGAAACACUUAGAAAGACGACAACAACAAUUACAACAAUGUUAGGCCAUUUCUAUUAUUACAUAUUGUGUACAUAGCGUUUAGAUGUUAAGUUGUGAUUGUCCAGGCCAGAUUGGUAGGCGAAAAGGAUAAAAUCGAACCGACCAGAUGCAGCAGGGUUUGGUGUUGGGGCCGCAUCCUACACGUUGGUUCGUUCUUAUUGACCUUAUGUGCCUUACAAGUUGCCUUCAACUCCCCCAAUUUUUUUGCCCUUAGUUUUUUGUAGGCUCAUACAUUAUUUAUUACUCUUUUACAGGGUGUUUAUAGUAGCAUGUACAAUUGUUUUUUCUUCCUUCCCUCCUUCCUUUCCUCCUUUCCUCCUUUCCUCCUUUUUCCCGUGGUUUAGUUUUCUCAAUUUCGAGCAGUUCAGUGCCUUGUCCAAUUUAGAUCGUAAGACCUAAUCUAUUUAUUGUAAUAUUUAUGACAAUUUUACAGGAUGAAUGAUGUUUUGUAAUGAUUUAUUAAUAAAAUUAUCUGUAACAAAAUACAAA